AUGGCCGACGGUGGCGUGGAUAUAGAUUUGUACGCCGACGACAUUGAGUCUGAUUUCAACAGACAGGAUGACUUUGGAGGUGAAAACGUGGAUUUGUACGACGAUGUGAUCGCCGCGCCGUCAUCGAAGCCUGAGGAUGGAGAUGGGCCUCCGAACUCUGCGGUGCCGCACCCUCAUCCGCCGGAGGAGACAAAUGGCAGCGCUCCAUAUCACAACAACGCACCAAGCCACCAUCAUGGCCGCCGCUUUCAGCUCUACGUCGGAAACCUAACUUGGUGGGCAACGGAUCAAGAUAUAGCAAACUCCAUAGCUGACAUCGGGGUCAACGACUUCCAGGAUGUGAAGUUCUUCGAAAAUAGGUCUAACGGGCAGUCGAAGGGGUUCUGCCUUAUUUCCCUGGGCUCUGACCAAUCGCUGAGGAUGGUGAUGGAUCGGCUGCCCAAGAAGGAGAUUCAUGGUCAACAUCCAGUAGUGACUUUGCCUACUAAACAGGCAUUGAACCAGUUUGAGAGUCAGUCGAAGACUAGAUCUACUCCUCCUGGCCCCAACAAUCCUGGUAUGAGAGGACCACACCCAGGUGGCCCGCCUGGCCCGCAUCCAGGAGACUACGAUUUUGGUUCACUAGAUUUCUUCGGAGGCGGUCCAAACGGCCCCGGUCCGAACGGUCCGCGCAUGAUGAUGCCUGGGCCAGGCCCGCACCAUCAACUACGAGGCCCUCCACCAGGUCCUCCACAUGGACCUCCACAUCAUAUGCAGCAGCACCAGGGCCCCCCACCGCACCAUAUGCAGCACCAGGGACCACCGCCGCAUCAAGGACCACCGCCGCACAGGCCUCCUAUGCAGUUCCAGGGCCCCCCGCAGAUGCAGCGUCCGCCAGGGCCUGGUCCUCGUCCGGAUUGGGGACCUCGCGGUCCACCGCAUCACAUGCCGCAGCCCGCGCCUCAAUACGGCCCACCACAGCACCAGAUGCCGCAUCAGAUGCCGCCGCAACACGCACCACCUGGGCAAGGCAUGCCGCCGGCCCACCACCAGAUGCCCCCACACGGCGGCCCCCCUCGUGGGCCCGCGCCGCCGCAGCCGCAUCCAGGUAUGAAUGGCUACCCAGGAGUGGGUCCGGGAGCGCCUGCGCCACAUGUGAAUCCGGCAUUCUUCAACCAGCAACCGCCCGUGCAGCCUGCGCCCGGCGUGCAGCCGCCGCCGCAGGCCGGCCCGCCGGGCCCCGGCGCCCCAUACGGUCAUCCGCCACACGGAGCCCCUCCGCCUGCUCAAGGUCCGCCGCCCGGCGCCAGACAGCCUUACGGAAGACCGCCACAGGACCUGUUGCAGAGCUACCCGCCGGCGGGUGAGCGCGCGCCGCACCAUGCCGCGCCGCACGCGCCGCAUGCACCUCACCCUCCGCCGCACGCCGCCAUCUCCGAGGCUGAAUUCGAGGAGGUGAUGAGCCGCAACCGCACUGUGUCGUCGAGCGCGAUCGCCCGCGCCGUGAGCGACGCGGCCGCCGGCGAAUACGCCUCUGCCAUCGAGACGCUCGUCACCGCCAUCUCUCUCAUCAAACAGAGCAAGGUGGCCCAUGACGAACGCUGCAAGAUCCUUAUCUCGUCGUUACAAGACACGCUGCACGGCGUGGAGACGAAGUCGUACAACAGCGGCGAUCGUUCGCGCCGUUCGCGAUCACGAGACCGCGAUACGCGUGCACACCACCGCGCGCCGCGCCGUCGUGAGCGCUCCGCGUCGCGCUACCGCGACCGCAGCCGCGACCGCGAAGAUCGCGACCGAUACAGGGAAAGGUCAAGGGAGCGGGACCGUGAACGUGACCGUGAUGCAUAUUACAGGGACUACCGUGAACGUGAAAGGGAUCGGUCCAGGUCUCGCGAUCGCGAACGUGCCGAGUACAACAGAGGACACAGUCGGGAUGAAAGAACCGCGUCUUCCAGAUCUCGCAAGUCGCCCGUGGAGGCGACGGCAGAGACCGGCGCGGGCGACGCGAGUGGCGCGAAGAGCCGCGCCAGCGCCGCACCCUACUACGACGAGCGGUACCGCGAGAGGCGCGACCGCGACCCGCCGCCUGCGGAGCGCGACCGCGAGCGCGACCAUCGCCGCGACGCCAGGCAUUAGAUGUUAGAGUUAUGUCUACAGCACGUUCAUGAAAUCUUUAGACGAUGGACGACGCUCUUUAUCCGCUGAUGUGUUAUAAAUAUCUCACACUACGAGUAGUUUAUUCGCAUUCAAUACAUCAGCAAAUGUAACAUCGUACGAGUGAGCGUACCGUUUUUUGCUACGAGUUGAAACACACUUUGUAGAUGUGUAAGAAUGAUUCUUGAUUGAUUAUGAUUCUUCUAAAGAUUUUAUUGACACCUG